AUGUACGGCGGCAACGUCAUCAAUACUGACGUUAAGAUUGUGACGUCAUCACGUCGUGUUCUGACGAGGCGUCAGUUCGAAAGCAGCCGCACGCCACUGCAGUGCAAGCCUCAAGUGAACUACUUGUGUGCGGUUCCAAUGGCGGACGAGCAACUGGACGAUAUUUAUCCUCGUGAUCCGAAAAAAUUGAAUAUCCAUACGUUGAUCGACUUCGAUGAUGUGAUAGGCGAGCCACCCAGUCUACUGUCCCUGGACGGGGUGUGGGAAAAGUCAGCCCGGUCUUUCAACUUCAGCAAGGAUUUGUGUUACCUCAUCCUCACCACACUGUGUGGCAUCCCCAUCUCUGUCCUGUGUGGUUUGAAAUUUGCCUGGCUCAGCUUUGGUAAUAUUUGGUGUGUGACGCCAUGUGUGAGGGCCUGUCACAUGGGUCUGGAGUCCACCCGCGGGAUCUACUCCACGUUUGUCAGGUGUGUGUGCGAUCCUUUUUGUGAGUCCAUUGGUAACAUCUUUGGCAACAUCCGUGUCAGCAAGGCCAACCUGUAGACUGUUUGUGGCGAUAGUGUGUGAUAACGUGUAAAACUUUUGUGUUUCUAGUCUGAUUAUUGUCAGGUGACAUAUAAAAGCCAUUACAAAACCAAGUAGUGAAGUUAUAGGAUGAUUAUUUAUAAAAUAUUCAUUAAAAUGUAAACAAAAAUCUU